AUGGCUGAAUACGGGGACGCUCACAAGAGCGACGUCGCCCCUCCUAAGGAGGAAAGGCAUCCGGUGAAAUGGUACCGCUCGACAUUCUACAACAUGACCAUCCUCGGCCUCUGCAACCUCGCCGCCCCGGGCAUCUGGGGCGCCAUGAACUCCCUCGGCGCAGGCGGCGCCGCCUCCCCCAAAGUCGUCAACGCGGCCAACGCCCUGACCUUCUGCCUCAUGGUCGUCUCCUGCUACUUCUCCUCCGUGAUCGUGCACUACAUCGGGAUCAAGGGCGCCCUCAUCUUCGGAACCGUCGGCUACGCCCCCUUCGCCGCGGGCCUCUACACCAACAACCGCUACGGCGUGGAGUGGCUCAUGCUCCUCGGCGCCGCCCUCUGCGGCAUCUCCGCCGGCGUCUUCUGGAUGGCCGAGGCCGCCAUCGCCAUCGCCUACCCGGAGCCCUGGAACCGCGGCAAGGCCCUCGGCUACUGGCUCACCUACCGCCUCUGCGGCCAGAUCCUCGGCGGCGCCAUCAACCUCGGGCUGAACGCCGACAACGACCAGGCCGGCAAGGUGUCCUACACCGUCUUCAUCAUCUUCAUCGCCAUCCAGGCCGCGGGCCCGUUCGUGGGGUUCUUCCUGAACAAGCCCGAUAAAGUACAGAGGCAGGACGGGAAGAAGGUCAGCUUGGCGAUCCUGCAGAACCCGUGGUUCGAGAUCAGGGCGACGACGAGGAGUUUUCUGAAUCCCAAGUUCCUGUUGAUCGUGUUGUGGAUCGGGCAGGCUGUUUUUGCGGAGGCUGUGUUUUUCACGUAUCUUGCUACUUGGUUCUCCGUCCGCUCCAGAGCCCUCGGCUCCUUCCUCUCCGGCAUCGUCGCCGUGAUCUCGGGUAACCUCCUCGGCCACUGGCUCGACCGCGCCAAAGUCUCCCUCAAGACCCGCACCCGCUCGACCUUCUGGUUCCUCGUGGUGACGCAGGGGGCGUGGUGGACGUGGGCGACGAUCCUGGCGACGCGGUUCCGCCAGACGCGCCCGACGCACGACUGGGCGGACGAGAGCUUCGGGGCCGCCUUCGCCGUCUACAUCUUCCUCACCAUCGGCUUCCAGCUCAACUACCUCUUCCUCUACUUCGUCGUCACGCACCUGGCCCAGGGCGAGGAGGAGGUGAUCCGGUACGCGGCGCUGCUGCGCGGCACCGAGUCCGCGUGGCAGGCCGUGAGCUACGGGCUGACGUCGCUGACGCUGUUCGGCGAGGUCGGGGCCAUUUACUUCAACUUCGCGCUGUGGGCCGUGGCCAUCGGCCCGGCGUGGCUUGUGUUGAGGCACUUCGGCAUCGGGGAGGGGGAGGGCGUGGAGAGUGUGAGUGGUGUUGUGUCUAGCGAGGAUGGAGAGUCUCAGACGAAGAACUAG